GGGAGAAGCGCUAGAGCAGCAGCAGCCGAGAGAUGAGUACCUGACGGCCUCCUCUAUUCUGAUCUCCUUCAUCUGAAUGUCAAGCUCCGACGCAGACGCAUCCAUCUCCACCGCCCCUUUGCGGCGCAGAGGGUCCUCAUCCAACGACGGCAUCCCCACCUCAGCCUUCACGCCGUCCCUGCCCCGCGCCCCCUCAGUGUAUCUAGAGUUCCCAGAGGUGUAUGUGGUGCUUGAUGCCUCGCUCAUGGAGGUCGCAGAGUCGCCACACGAGGCCCUCGAUGAGGAAACGGUCAGUGGAUGGACAGAUCCAGACAUCAUAGACACACAGACGACCUGUGGCAACAUGACUGUGUGUGUGCGUGUAUGUUCUUGUGGCUCUGUGUGUGUGUGUAUGUUGGUUGAUCAGGUGCUCAAGAAGAUCCGUCAGGACAUCUUGGGCAUUCGGCGGGCGAUAUCGGUGCGGGAUCUGCUGACGGGGACGACUGUGCAAAUCAACCCGCUGCAGCUCAGGCAGACACUCCUCAUGGUCGGAUGCAGGUCAGUCAAGACAAGACGAUAAACAGAUGAACCAAAUGGCAACACACAGAGAGCCGAGCGGUGGGUGGAUCAUGGCAUCGUCUGUCUGUCUGUCUGUCUGUCUGUCUGUGUGCCACGGCGUGGUGUUAACCUGCGUGCAGGCCGCCUGAUGCACACGCGAUAGUCUUGUUCCUGGCAGAGGUGCUGCACAAGGUAUUCAACCCGUCGACGUACUUCGCCAACUCCCCCUCCACACAGGGCGAGUCAGAGGCCCCCUCCUCCCCCAGCCAGUCGGACGCCUCAUGGGGCCCAUCGCCGCGGUGGCGCCCCUCCCUCCCGCCCGACCACCCCCUGGCCACCGUCUCCAACACACUCAAGACCCUCACUUUCCUCCGGCUGCUGCAGUUCGCUUUGCGGAGCUUCGAGUACUUCCACUCCCACAUGCUGCUGGACCUGGCCAUCGCCAGCCAGCUGGCGACGAGACGGCGGAGCGCCAUCAUCCUGAUUGCGGGGGUGCCGGGGACGGGCAAGUCGACGCUGGCCUUCCACCUGGCCAACCAGCUGCAGAUCGCCACUGUGCUGGCGACCGACUCGAUCCGCCACGCAGCGCGGCACUUCUACACCAAGAAGGAGAACCCCAUCCUGUAUGCGUCGACCUACAAUGCCGGCGACCAUGUGGACGAGUCCGAGGGGCUGAGCAAGGCGGAGCGGGUGCUGAAGGGCUACCUCUUGCAGAGUGCCAUGGUGUCAGAGUUCGUUGAGACGUUUGUGGCGGGUUUUGUGCGUGAGAGGGAGAGCGUCAUUGUGGAGGGGGUGCACCUGACGGUGGACUUCAUGGUGGAGCUCUGCAGGAAACACGCGGCCUGUGUGCCCUUCCUGGUGUUCAUCGAAGACGAAGAGCGACACAUGGGCAGGUACACACAGCACACCACAUCCGUACUUGCAUGCCCACAUGCAUCCCACCCAUCCACUUGUGCGUGUGUGGUCAGGUUUCAAGUUCGCGGCAAGAACAUGACGCUAGACCCGAAGCAGAACAAGUACAUCGGCCACCUGCCGGCCAUCCGUCAGAUCCAGCACCACCUUCUCUCGUCCGCACACCGACUCGCCCUCCCGACCGUCGACAACACAUGCCUCCACCAGUCCCUCUCCAUCCUCCACGCAUCAACCGUCACGCGGCUGCGCAACCUCGCGCACAACCGGCCGGCCUUCGAGCCAGCCGCAGCCAGUGAUGCUGAUGCCGCUGCUGCUGCACCCUCCCAGCCCCCGCCCCCGCCCCCGCCCCCUUCCACCGCACAUCAGCUCAGCCAUGCGUCGUCCAUCGACAGCAGCAGUGGCGAAGAGAGGAGGGAGUGGGCACCACCACCCUCAGCCGAGGUCGGGAGCGCUCUGUCGUCCUACCUGGCCGAGAGGGAAAGCCCCUCCAAAUGGUGUCUGUUCAAGCGCAUGCUCGACUCGCAGCAGCAUGACGUCAGGCACCGCGCGGAGAGCGCGGGCAUCGUCCCGUUCGGCGGGCAGGAGGGCGUCCCUGAUGAGGCUGACAGCACCACCGUGUUGCAAGGCGUUCGUCGCGAGAGCAGGUCGAGGAGCGACGCGGACAGCGAGUUGGAGGCGACGGACACGGUGCAUCUGCCUGAGGAGCGGUUCAACAGCUUCCGCUACAUUGAGAUGCUGCAGCAGGAACAUGUGGACGAAGACGACCUCGAGGAAUCUGUCCUGGGUGCGCCACACGCCCACGCGUACACACACACACACAGACAUGGACCAUUGCCCAUAUCUGUUGGUUCAGGUUCGGUUGCUGACUUCGUGGCUGAUCCGCUGGAGGGGUCGACUCUCGAGACGCUGAUGGGGUGGCGCUCAUGCGAUGGGGAUCAGGAGGGAGGCGACGCACAAGAGGAAGAAACGCAGGGGACGACGUGAGGGUAUUGUAUCGAUUUUUGCCUGCCGAGGGUUAACAGCCAUGCCUAUUGUGUUUGUUUUGUCCUUGUUUGAUGUUCACGCCGCUUAGGUUGGGUGCUGGUGAUGGCGGACCUUGUACACUGAUCAGUGUGCAAGGUCUGACGUCGCCAGGAGCCAACCAAGCGGCCUCAACAGGGAGGGACCAGAAACAAACGGGCAGUUUUGAUUUGGCCUUGUCGCAAACCUGACUUGAUGCACGAUGGACAGCAUCCGUAUGUGUGUGCAUAAACCAAUAACGUAUGGAUGUGCAUAAACCACCAGC